UGACCGUCACCUUCCAUUAAACACUGUAAGAAGAGGAAGCACAAUGUAUGAACAACACGCUUGAACUUUCAUGAGUUGGCUAACGUUAGAGCUGUCUUAACGUUACUGUCCCACAUUUAUAUUAGUUGUUUACCAUUAUAGUGACAAUGGAGAGGAGCUUAGCGACAGUUUCAGCCAUCAAAGCAUUAGGGUACCCGGGCGGCUGCUGCCUCACGCGGUGUAAAUGUGACGAACUUCCCUGUCCGCUGCUCACGUGGCUGACUGCCCAGCUGAGGACUGUCUGUCCAGAGCUACGAGACUCAACCAUGACAGGUGACGUCUUGCUGGUGGGAGAGUUGAGGACUUUACUGUCAAACAUGUUGUCUCCCCUCACAGUGCUGACCUCAGAGCUGCUGGGGCCGUCCAUCCUGAACAAAGUCACCGAGUACCUUGUAUCAGAAUUACAAGCAGCUCUACUAAUGAAGCAAAAGGAAUUGCAUCCUGAGGAGAAGACGACAGGAGAGGAUUCGGAAAAAGAGCAACGAGUUGAAGAACUCGCUGAGUUUUGUCAGGAGUAUCCAGAUGAUGAUGACAAAGACAAAAGGAAGGCGGAGAUGCAGGCAGAAUGGAUAUUACUGAUGCACGCCCUUGACAUAGAUUCCUCCUCUCAAAUUACAGAUGUGUUGCGUGAGGUGGAGUCGAGGCUUACUCGUCUACCAUGUGGAGAGAUGACAAACCCGCUUCUUAACACCAGCCUCAGCUCAGAGCAGUGGGUGCAAGUUAAAAAGAUCAAUCAAGUUCUGUCAGCAGAUUAUCAGUGUCGGCGACAAAUGAUGAUUAAACGCUUUCAGGUUACACUUGAGUCAUUUGCAUGGGGAGAAAAACAAAAGGAGCGCAGUGAAGCGCUGGCCACAGUGCCGCCUCUUUCAUCCCUCAUCGGCUCCUGCCGAGUCUCCCCGUCUCUUCUGAUCGCCAUCAGAGAGGAUCAGUCCUUCAUUGAGCCAAUCAUGGCUGGAAAAAGCACCUCUGUCUACAAGAUGUUGAUGGGCAGCGUACCAGACAGAGGAGGACGACCAGGGGAAAUUGAGCCACCCAUGCCAGUGUGUGAAAAUCAAAGAGCGAAAGGACACGGAUCAGGACGAGGAGGUGGUCGCCAUCAACGUAGAUUUACGGAUAAAAAAAAGAAAGGGAAAAAAGAGUAAUGUGUCAUUCUCUUAAUUUGAAAAAAAAUAUUUAUUUAAAUCUUAAUUAUGAAAUGCAAUAUGGCUGUGGAACGCUACAUAUGAUAUAAUUUUAUAAUUGUAAAGGUUUGCUUAAUUCUUAGUUGUAGUUUGUUCGUAUAUGUACAUACAUGGCUGUUUUCUUUUCUAAAAUAAUGUAGCUUUUCAUUGCUAUAAUGUACUGGUAUAUGACCAGAUAUUUUUGUAAUAUGUUUGUUGAGAAACAUAAUGAUUAAAAAUGAUUUUUUUAUUUGUUGGCUUUGCACAUUUAUAUACACAUUUGUUUACUAAAGAAUAAACCUAUUAAACA